UGGGCCCUGGGCAGCCAUAACCCCGUACCCCUGAUCCCGCUCCUCACGGAAGGUGACCCCCGGUGCCUGGGUGGUGGGACAGCUCUUCUCCUGCUGCGUGGGGUGGGUUAGUCGGCCGUGGGCAGCCCUGGCGGCACGAGCCGAGGUGGUGUUCCCAGUCCGUCAGGCAGCGGGGACGUCCAGGCCAAGGUCUGGCUGUCCGAGAGGCAUAAAGACGUGAAACAUGCUGAGAUGCCAACGGGUCAUCCCUGCCAACGGCUCCCCCCAGGAGCUGGGCCACCGCCAUCCACGGCCAGGGCAAACACAGCUGCACUGUUCAGUCACAGAGAUCGCGUGGUGGCCAUCUCCCUGUCAGCACUGGGUCAUGCUCUGCCUUGACCUCCACAGGUGUCGUGCUGGGCCCUCACAUGGAAAUACAGAUGUGAGCAUACAAAGGUAACAGAAACUACCAAGAGGAUGAACUUGAGCCUUGCAGGGCUGAAACCAGUCAGCCUCCAGGCUCAGGCAAGGUUUCCAUCUCCACAGGGGUGGAUUUCAUUCUCGAGGAAUCCAGAAAAGCCCAGAGACUCACCAGCAACAUAAGGCAAUGGGUCUCAGUGUCUUCCACAGUAGAAAUUACAACCAGAAGGAUGUCAUCCAAAGGACAGGUGCAAAAUCAGAUGUCUUUGAAGCUGAAUGUGGCUGACUGCUAAGGAGAUGGAAGAGCUCAGUUUUCACAAGAAGAAGCUGUUUGGGCAAAUUUGCAGCAGAUAGCAAGAAUAGGGAAUUAAAAAGUACCAGACCCAGAGAGUUAGAGGUAUUGAUUUCACUAAGGGAAGUAGUGAGGAGAACUCAAAAAGGCUGCAACAACUUUUCAGCAAUUUGCAUGGAAGCAGUUUCAUGUAACCCAAGAAUGGAGAAGGGGAAUUGCUGGAUUGCUCAAGAAGAGGAAGUGAAAUUAGUGCAACAGUAAGACCAAAAUGCUGAGAGCAAGAAAAGGAACCGCAGUGGGUGAAACAACCGGAAGGAGAUCUUCCCUUCGCCCACCCCAGAAAGACAGUGCCAGAGAGCCUGGACCAGGCAUGCUGUGCCCGAGAGGUUCUUGCGCUGAUCAUGUCUUUCAUCAACAACGAACCAGGAAUUGCGUCUUCCAGAUGUGCUGAUUCAUUGUCUUUCUGAAACCUUUUAGUAACAGAGAAAUCCUUGUGGAGGAAAACCAGGAUCUUCCAAAAUACCCAGCGAUCUCUGCUCGCCGACUGGCAGCAUUAAAAUUUGGAGCAGUCACUGCCACUGGUAAUUACCUCUGGAGCACAGGGCAGAUGGUGUGGUUUCCUUGGCUGAGCCAAGGAGCCAGCUGGCCAAGGAUGCCCAGUCUUGGGUGAAGAUGUGCCCUUUGCAGCACUGGGCUGUGCAGUGUGGAGCAGGUUGUGUGAGAGGCUGAUGGGGACGAAGAAUAUUUUGUCAGUAGAUGUCCUCAUCCUAUGUGGGACGUGGAUCCAGGGACUAUCUGGAGGCAGGGUAUGACAAUCCUUCUUCAUUGGCAGCUGUGGGGUGCUGACCACCCAGCAGGCUCGGGUGCAUUCAGGCACCCCAACCCCACUGUUCCCCGAUCCUUCCUAGGAAAGCUGGGACUAUUGGCACUUACACCAAAACCCCUCCCUGCCUGCAGCCAAGGACAACCGUCGUUAUCUGGGAGCCCUGUGCUGCAGGGAAGUGGACCAGAAGUGACUUGGGGUGGUUGCUUUCCGUGGCACAGGCGGCCCCUUUGUGCUCAGGAAGUUCCUCAGCAGGAGUGGUGCAGCACCCGGGAGCCUGUUGCCACGUGUCUGCCAGCCCCGGGUGCGUGGAUCAAGGUGGGUGGUGCAGAGGGGGUUCAUUAAACACAAGCAGGACAGGGCUGCGAAAGAAGAAACAGCUGGAAGGCACCUGCAGGCCGUAAAGUCUCCUUAGGCUGGAGGCAGGGGAAGAUCUGGCUCUGGAGAGCAGAGUGCUUGCAGAGCUUUUGGCACCUGAACCUAGGAGUUGGCAGCAGCAAGAGGAAGCAGCCACAAGAGCAGGGAAAGAUUUCAGUCGUGACCUGGCCGGCUGAUUGCCAUGAAUGCGGCCAUCCUCCUUCUGCUGGGGCUGGGUCUGGUGGAGGGAGAAGGCAGGUGCUUCUUCAACCGCACUGAGGAGCAUUGCGUGUGCCACAGCCUGUCCCAGGAGAGCCUUUCGAGCAUCAUCCAGUGCCUCCCGGCCUCUGUCGUGGAGUUUUGGGGGGGAGACCUGGAGAGGUAUGCAGCCUUAACCAUUAGCGACCUGCAACCCUCCGUCAUUGACAUGCUGGAAACCCUCAACAUCAGGAAACUUGUCUUUGGUGACCUCCUGGUGCCUGAGGUCCUCCUCGCCCAAGUGUUGAAGUUCUUCUCCUACACCCAGGUGCAGGAGCUGGUAUUUGAGAGCUGCAAUUUUGUGGGGAGAAGCAACUGGACCGAAAUGGCCGGGCAGAACUUGCCCAUAUUGAACCUGCGCUUCCACAACGUGACAUCAGCCCCUCUGACAGGCCACGAGCAGGGCUUCUCCAGCCUGAGCGGCUGGCUGGAGACCCUGCAGGAGUUGGCAGUCACCAGCUCCCAUGUCACCGCUCUGCCCUGUGCCAUCGGCAGGGUGUUCAGAGGUCUGCGCUCCCUGGAUGUGGCGCAAAACAGCCUCAGGGAUGAGAGCUUGAUGCCCGCCUUCUGCGAGGGUGCAUUCCCACAGCUCCAGCUACUGAGUUUGCAACGCAACAACCUGACAUCCUACCACAGCGUGUGUGAGAGUCUGCAGCUGCUGCACGAGCUCCAGCAUUUAGACCUCAGCGAGAACAAGCUCAUUGCUGGUCUGGCUUCCUCCUGCCAGUGGCCGAUGUCCCUCCGAGUCUUUAACUUGUCUGGCACCGGCUUGGAUGAAGUCCUCACACCUCUGCCUCCCAAUCUAGAAGUGUUGGACAUGAGCUGCAACCACCUCCGUACUUUAGACAUCUCUCUUGCCUCCCUGAAGAUGCUCUUCCUCAGCCAAAACAUGCUGCGAGAUGUCUCCUUCGUUAGGAAUUUCCCCAGGUUGGAAAUCCUCCAUCUAGAUUACAAUUUGAUCCCAGAGCUGCCAUGGGAUGAGCUGCGGAUCCUGGGGCACCUGAGGGAUGUGACCGCAGCUGGAAACCCCUACAACUGCUCGUGCUCCGGGGCCGCGGGGAUCCAGAUGCUGGCAGGAAUGGUGCACCUUGGGCCGGGCUGGCCCCGAGACUAUGUGUGCCAUUCGCCCCCUCGAUACCAGGGUGUUUUGGUGAAGGAUGUACCUGUCUCAGUACUGCAGUGCAACAGUGCUGCAGUGAUCACUCCCAUCUGUGUUAUCCUUGCCUUACUCUGUGUGGCUGGAGCAGUCUACCUGGCCCAAUCCAGGUCCGGGCUGUUUCAGGCCUGCCGUAGGGCUGUGAAGGGAUCGUAGUACCGUUCCCAUCAGUGCUUCCUCUACAGCAGCUCAGCCAUGGCAUAUUCAGCUCCAGGGGCUGCAAGGCCAGGAGCUGAAUAUGCCCAUGGCAAGACUCACAUGACCCCAACGUGCUAGUGGGAAAUUCUUUGGGAUCCCCAGUCCAGCCUCCCCCACGGAGUAGGACUGUCCUAGCCAUUAACUCAGGGUGGCCACAGCUUUGUCUGGCCAAAUCUUGGAAAGCCCCAAGAAUGGAGUUUGCCCUCACUGUGCUUUGUCCCAGGGCUGCACCCUCCUGGAAAGAUUUUCCUAAUGUCCAACCUGAACCUCCUAAAUCCCACUUUGCACCCAUUGCCCCUGUGAUCUCAUCUGCCCCGAGCAAGACGAGUUUGGCUCCACCGUGCUUGCACCUCCCUCCAAGUAGCUGCAGGCUCCUCUUAGAUCCCUCCGAGGGUCAUCUUGGCUGGACGAUCCCAGACCAGCUCCCCCCACCUCUCUCGUAGCCCUGUGCCCCCCAGCACAGUUGUCCCGGCAGCCUCCACAGGUCUCUCUCCUGCUCCUCCACCUCUCCUGACCUGGGGGCUCCAGACUGGGCCAUGUCUGCAAGGAUGUCUGGUUUGUGAGGAUAUCUGCCUAAUUGCUAUUGAGCAUAAGAGAAAAAACACAAGAAAGGAAAAGUGUACGCAAACCCUAACGAGCAGGAGAUAAUGGAGACAGUAACAAAGACCAGAGCUCUCAAGGCACUGGUGGGUGACCCUCCCGUGUGACCUCAAAGAGGUUGAACUGCAAACUUUUAAUUGUUAAGAAGAAGAAAACAGGUUUAUUCUGGGUUAUCAGAAUGGGUCUCAUAGGAAAGACCACACUAAUUAUGGGAUGUUGAGGGGGAUUGUGGGAGCGUGCAAAACUUACUAUAGGAUGUUUAAGAGAAGUAUCAAAGCUGAAAGGGAGGGGUCAUGGUGAGUGGCUGGGGAAGAAACAAGCAUGGAAAAAUAGAGAGGAUGGAGGAGAAAAGGGGCUGGUUGCAGGUAAGCAGGGCUGGUCAAGAUGCUUGUCUGGCUGAGCCCUGCACCUGGUCCCCACAUUUUCUGUGUGAUCUCCCUCUCUGUACUUUGUGCAUGUGCGUGUGUGUAUAUUGGUUGUGUUACCUGCUUGUGUUACCUGCUAGCAAACAGCUGGAUGACCCAUUGAGUAGGAAACCAGAAUAUAGAAAGACCCAAGGUCAGAGUUGGAGACUGGAUAAAUCUGGCCCAGGGUCCAGGCAUGAAUCCUGGAUGGUUUUGGGGUCUGCUGAAGGGUUUGAGGGCCUGCGGGUGUGCGUGUGCCUGGGGAUUGAGAGUAUGUGCCACCGCUGAAUGUCAGUCCUGAUCAGUUGGAGGGGAAGGAUGGGGUCAGGCCACUCAUGUGCUCGUGUUCAUGUGAGUGCUAUAGCUGUUUAGGUGGGUGAUGGUAAAGGCGUGUUUGAUCCUUGGGGCUGGCUAUGUCCGUACUGUGGGUUUGUAUUUGCAUUUUUUUGAAUUUGCACUCAGCCUCACUGCCAGCGUGACCUGGGAAUGGGGAGCAGCAGCCUCCAUCUAGUGAACCAGGAAGGAGAAAUCCUAAGACUUGCCUUCCCUUAGCAGCACCCAGAUGAGGCCUCUGCCAAGCCAAGGGGAUGAUCCAAACCCUUACUUCACUGGCCAUGCUCCUCCUGACAGAGACCCAGAUGCCAUUUGCCUCAUUUACAGUGAUGGCUCAUGUGCAACCUGACAUCACCCCCACUCCUGAAGACGUUUGGGGAAGCAGAGGUUCGGGGAAGCAGGGGCAGCUCCAUAAUCUCCUUCUGCAAAGGGGAAUAGUGGCAGACACGACACAAAUGUUUGCAACUCCCUGUGGUGCCUGAUCCCAUCCAAAUGCAGGGGGCAGGGGCUGUCCUGGGACCUCUCUCCUGUCUCCCACAGUCUGUAUUUCCCUGUAGUGUGGAGACCCUGGCUUCAGCAUUUCCUUUCGUGCUUUCUUGAUAUGACUGAUUUCAAAUAAAUGUGGUUCCAUGGUUUGUGGUUGCUCCUUGUGUCUAGAAAGCCUUCAUGGUGGUCCAGGGUCCCUCCUCUCCUGUUCCCUCAUUGCAAGGAUGUCACUGGUGGAGCUGGGAGCAUGCUAACAACCUGGCAAGUGGGGCCAGGUGCCCACUGGUCUCCCAUGGCCCCACUGGCUUCUGGAGUUGGGAGCAGUGCUGGGGGGAGCCAGGCUGCAGGGGGCAGGUGUCCCGGGGCACUUGGCCAACCCAGCAUCAAUUAUGCACGCGCGGCACCGAGAUGGCUCACCUUGCGGCCCAGCGAGAGCCCUGGCUACAAUUGCCCUCCCUGGCUGCUAUGUCUGAGGGCCUGGAGAAGCCCUCGGGGUGUCAUUGCCAUCAAACUGCCCCACGUUGAAUGAUCCCCAAUGUCGUCAGACCUCGCUACUCCUUCGCCAGUCAUGCUCGAUGUCGCAGGAUGUGACAUCUCCAGGCUGGGCUCUGUCCCUGCCCAUGCCUGACAUCCAUUAAUAAUGCAUGAAAACACGAUCACCCCAUGUAACCUCAUCCCCUGCCCUGUCCCAAACACCAGCUCCAAGUUUGCUCAUACUGAGCUGGUCAUGGAUACUGAGGAGGUGAGCGUCAUUGAGUGGGAGAGCAUGGGGUGGUUUGGGGGGAUCUGUCCUCUGCCUUCAGCAUGGUAUGGCCUGACACUGCGCAGUGCUGAGGGGCUCAUUCAGCUCCUUGCAGCUGCUGGGUGGUUGGGGCAGGACCCAGCUCACUCCCUCUUUACCACAUAUCCCUCCAGGCCGAGCAGGAUGUAUGCGUACGAGCAGCUGUGGGGCUCCACCAGGCAGCAGGUAGGGCCAGGGCCUGGGACAUGGCUGCCUGCAGCAUCCCAGCCCCUUUGGGCACCAGCCCUGCCUAAACCCCCUCCCCAGGGAACUGGGGUUGGGUGCUGCCACCUUGGGGACAGUGACAACUGUGGUGGCAUUGGGGACAAGGGUCCUACUGCUGGGACUGGCCCCGGGUGGCGGUGACAGGGAGUGGGCACCAUCCCCCAUACAGUGGCACUGAGCGCCAUGUUCACAGCGGGAGGGCUCGAGGUGAUGGGGGAUGUGCAACCCCUAGGACGUGGCUGCAAGGGGUGGGCAGAGCGAGGGCUUAUGGGGAUGGCCCCCUCCACACAUCACCCCCUGUUUCGUUUUACAGGGCCGGGGAAGAGCUGGGCAACCAGCAGUGAAGACCCUGCGCAGCUCCU